AUGUCCGCCAGCCAGUACGUGCUCUACGAUCUCCCGAGCAGGCCGCCAUGCUCGACAUGGACGCCCAACCCUUGGAAAACCCGUCUGCUCUUUAACUUCAAAGGGAUUGAUUACCGAACUGAAUGGCUUGAAUAUCCGGACAUCAAGCCCGAAUUGGAGAAGCAUCUCCCGCCCAAUAUGUCAGGCUUCGCUUAUACAAUCCCAGCCGUCAUCUGCCCCGACGGGAAGUACUUGAUGGACUCGGGCAAGAUCGCAGAAUACAUUGAAACUGAGCAUCCGCAACCAUCGCUGCACAUGGAUUCAGAUUACCUCCAGCAAGUCCAAAACCUGUGGGGUCGGUACAUGGGUGCCAUCAAGCCAAUCUUUCUGAACCAGGUCCCAAAACGUAUUCUCAACGACGCGAGUCUCGACUAUUGGUACAAGACUCGGCAUGAGUUCUGCGGAAUGCCUGUGGAGGAGCUGGAGAAAACUCAGGGUGGAGAGAAGGCGUGGAACCAGGCGGAGCCGGUUCUUCGUGAGGUGACCGCUCUGUUGAAGCAGAAUGAGGGACCUUACUUAUUGGGAAGCACUGUGAGCUAUGCUGAUUUGGUUUGGGCCAGUGUCUUACUUUUCAGUGAGCGAAUUGGACCGGAUUUCUUUGAGGAAGCAUUGAAAAGAACUGGUGACCGGAAGGCUCAUCUGGAUUUGCUGGAUGCUGUUCGGCGCUGGUCGUAA